AUGAAUCCGCUAUCUCAAGAGCAUAGGGAAGAAACAGAGAUGGACCUCAUUCCUCCCUCUUACGAAUCCGCUACGGACAGAGAUGCUUGGGCAAUCAUUGCUCGUUAUAUCCCAUCCAGCGAUUUGUGCGCAGCUACUCUAGUCUGCCAUCGAUGGCAUAAUCUGUUUAUGCCUUUUCUAUGGGGAAACCCAGCAUCCCAUUUCGGUACAGAUAAUGACGCAGUCUACGUGGCACUGACUCGGUUCAGAAGAACCCUCAAAUAUGCUAGACAAGAAGUUAGAGCGAUGACACAUACGCUUCAUCUUCCACCAGCCCUGUCAGAAAUCUAUGGUGGUCCCCGACCGGGUUGGUUGAGGGACAUCCUCGAAUACCUGCCAUGCCUUCAAUCUUUGAUGGUUUCAAAGCUGCCAUUCUUCGACCAUCAUGCAAUGAUCGCGUUGAAAAAUCACCAAAGGUCCAACCAGUACAAUAUACGUCUAUUGUUGGCCGAGCGUGAACCAAACACAACUUCCUCAAGCCUUGCGGAGACUCUUCUCUUGUUCCCCGCACUGGUCUACCUUGACCUCUCAUACACCACAUCUGCGCGAGAUCGUAGCGUUCUAUGUUCGCUCUCUCAACUUGAAUAUCUCCAGGUGUUGAAACUACGCGGCAUAGGUUUAAAGGACAACGACGCCGAAUUCCUAGCCAAUGCGAUUGGGCACCGGGUCCGUUUUCUGGAUUUGAGGGACAAUAUGCUCACUGAUAUGGCAGUUCGCUCUUUGAUGCAGGCCUCUUUCCUUCCUCCAGAUAGCAGAACUCAGCCAAGACCAAGACGUACUGGGACUUCCCCGGACCCGGUUUCCCAGUCUAUACUCCAAGGAUCUGGCUCAAACCUUUUCAAACGCCCAGAUCUAGAUGAGCAAUUCAUAAAACUCCUCGCCCAACCAGUCUCAUAUCACCCGUGGGUUGAGGAUUUACCUCAUACGGGAAUCACUCAUCUAUACAUCGCAGGGAAUCUACUUUCGAUAGAAGGGGUGGCAAGUAUUUUAGCCUCCUCGCGACUGCACGCUCUUGAUUUUGGUACCCCCAAAACUCCAGAUGUGGCACGCAAGGUCCUCGAAUUUGGGGAGAAGUACCCAGGAGCGGAAAAAUUGGUGCCACUUCUGGGUAGAGUCGCAGGAGACAAUUUGAUCUAUUUCCGAGCCCAUCAUGCAGUCCUUACUGCCGAACCACCAUCGAAAGAUGCUGCAUCGGUGGCGGAGUUUUUACCGGAGCUUCCAGCCCAGGAAAGUUCCAUUGAAGGGGAUGACGCCGAAGUGACCGAAGCUGCUGAAUUGGAUGCAGCGCAAGCGGUUCAUGAGUUACCAGAAGACACACGACCUGUCUUUGAACUUGCCGAUACGUCUAUCGACGAGUCAAUAAGCCCGGCCCCAGUAUUGCCUAAGAUUCAAGAGCCAAUGCACGAGGAAGAACCACCGUCAGCCAGACGUGGAUCGGCCUUUGCUCCGGAAGUUGUGCACCCAGUCCCAAUACGCAACACAAAUGGCAAUGCCAUGUUAGGCCGUUCCGAGACAGAAAUAUCAUUCCCCGAGACGACGGAAGGAGACACCUUGUCAUCGAUUUCAAUGUCAGAGUAUACACUGGCCACCAGUUCCUCUCUUCAGACAUUGCAAUGUAGCUCUCCAAUAUCGACAGAUGAUCCCAGGGCACAAAGAAUCCAAGAACUACUGGCCAGAAGACCACGAAACCAAUCAAUCCCACUCCAAGGAGGGAAAGAAAGCCGCUUUCCCUACCUCCAUCCAUCGCACAUUCCCCAUAUGGAAACCCUAGUUCUGACAGACGUACCCUCUCACGUGGCAACCAACUCAUCCAUCAUUACUGCUCUCAUACGAUUUAUCACUGCCUGUUCAAAUGAAUCCUUGCUGGCAACUCUACAAGCCGGAUCAGACUACUCUCUUCCACCAGGACAAGCACGCAUGCGAGCCGAGCAGCAGCGUUCAAGAUCUCUCUUUGGUUUACGGCGAUUGGUCCUCGAAAUCACGCCUGUCGAUACAAAGCUAACGUCAUGGAAACCUGGAAACCAAUACAAUGCCACAGGACAUUCAAGCACUGGUGACCGCGAUUCAGAGAAUCUCUGGUCUGCAGCAGUUGAUGAUUUUAGUUUCUUCGGGGAAGAAGAGUGCGGAGUUCCAGAGAAUGAUCCAGGCAGAUACUUCCCAAUGGCUGCGUUGAAUGAAAAGGUCUCGCUUAUGCCGGAUGAUGACUCGGCUCGUUCGCCUGAAUCUCCUCGUCUAGGACGUCAUCCAUCGCAAAGAAGUGCCCAUACCCCAAGUCCACCAGGGAAACUCGCGAAGGAUAAGCAGAUACAAACUCUUGAUCUUGUUGCGGAGGUUGCGGCUUUCCGUCGGAGCAAAAAGGCUGAGUAUGAGUCUAUGGUUCGUCGUGAGAGAGGACGGCGGACCACGUUUGGUAACAAUGCUUCCAGCCUUUCUCCAUCAACACCGCAGAUCUCUCUGAACACCUUUGUUGAAGGUCACUGGAAAGGGGAAGUAAAGGUUGUGCGGAAUCCAAAGCCCAACAUGCGGACUGGGAUGGUCGACAUGUAUGGGAACCAUUUCGAGAAAGGAUACUUGUACCCAUAA